AUGCACGAUAGAAAGAACGUUACUGUUACUGAAAGGUCAACAACAAGUGCGAAUUGGUCGAAACAAACGACCACGGAAGUUCAUCUUCUAGGCACUUCACGCAAGGCGUUGUUGGACACUGGCUCGCAAAUCAGCAUCAUACCACUGCAUGUACUCCAGGCAGCAUUGGAGUCCAGCUUUGACUUGGAUGCUGACGUCGAAGAAAUUCCGUUGGGUCAACAAAAGCAAGUAUUUGAUGCUUCGGGCAACAGAAUGUCUUUCAAAGGAGCGAUCAGACUGACGCUGCAGACGAGCGACGGUAAGAAGCAGCGGAUCGCUGCCUUUGCCAUGGCUGGAGGAGACGGCAUGUUGGUGCUUGGGACCAAUGUACUGCGGCCACUUGGAUAUGACCUCACGCAGAGAAACUGCUCAGAGUUUGUGGCGCUACCUCCGAUCAGGGACCACUUACUUCCUGAUGUUGUAUGGGAAUAUGGAGAAAAGGCAGUUGAGGUGCCGGUAACAAACACCUUUGCAGGAGCAAAGAUCUUCCGACUAGGAGAGGAGCUAGGGAUCCUCCAACCCGCAAAAGUCGUGGAAGUCAAGCCGUAUUCGGGAGACAUGUUGGGGCGCACAGUGGAAGCUCCUACAGACCGAGAAGGCAGACUCAUAGACAAGAUCUCAAGAUCGUCUGCUUGA